CCAGGUCCAGAGCACAAGCUUCAACCCAGCCUUCUCUUCCCAGUCCCCCCUUCCUUCUUCCCAGACAGCUACCAUGUCGUUCGAGCUGCCCAAGAUCGAGUACGAGUACAACGCCCUGGAGCCCUUCGUGGACACGACCACCAUGAACAUCCACCACACCAAGCACCACCAGGCCUACGUGAACAACAUCAACAACUACAUCUCGUCCGACAAGGGCACGACCCUCAAGGGCAAGUCCAUCCUCGAGGUGGUGCAGUCGGCCACCGAGGCGCCCGUGCGCAACAACGGCGGCGGCCACUACAACCACUCGCUCUUCUGGACGUGGAUGACCAAGCCCGGCUCCACCAACACGGCCCCGCACGGCGCCCUCAAGGCCCGCAUCGAAGAGGACUUCGGCUCGCUCGACCAGAUGAAGCAGGAGUUCAACGCCGCCGCCUCGUCGCGCUUCGGCUCCGGCUGGGCCUGGCUCGGCGUCAAGGCCGACGGCAAGCUGGCCAUCACGUCCACGCCCAACCAGGACAACCCGCUCAUGCCCGGCGUGGACCAGCCGCUCAUCCCCAUCCUCGGCCUCGACGUGUGGGAGCACGCCUACUACCUCAAGUACCAGAACCGCCGCCCCGAGUACAUCUCGGCCUUCUGGAACGUGGCCAACUGGGACAAGGUCGUCGAGUACUACGACGAGUUCGCCUCGAAGGGCAAGCCCGUGGACAUCUGAAGUGGAGAGCGAGAGGAGACGGCGCGCGCGGCGCUGUGAGCUGAGGGCGUGGAGCCGCUGCGUCUCUCUAAGAUCGUGACGUGUGUUUAGUCCAUCCUGCACUGGCGGAUGCGCGCGAGGAUCGUCGAGUCGCUCGUCAUUCCUCGGAGCUCUCCCCCCGAAUUAAUCUAGCCCAAAAAACACUGAAGUUUGUUCGAAUCUAAACGAGAUCCCAGUG